AUACACAGAGGUUUAGUUACCGGUGAGAGUUCGUAGCGAACGGUUGACGCUUUGUAAGGUCCCGCGAUUUUGCGCUGCCCUGCCCCAAAAUUUGCUGCCCAAAUUUUGGGCAAUUUGCGCCUUUUGAACAAGUGGACAUUUUAAGGAUUCCUCAGGGAUUACCGCCAGCAUUGCUGUUUUGUUUGUGAAGGGGAAGUGAACUCAACACCAAAUCAGGAGUCGUAGCAACACCUCAGCACAUGGUUGAGCAGUCAGUCUGCUGAUUGCCGCCACAACCCCGUGUGACGAAGACCCGUGAAGGGAAGUGUGACAUCGAAUCAAAACAAAAUUGAUGAUUCGGCCAAUGCAGUCAAGUGGCUUCCAACGACGGGAAUAACCAGUGCCAGAGUGGCGGUCUGGAAAAAGGGCGGCAAUUUUUGAAAAAUCUACGAAAUUUCGCUCUAUUUCUGGGUGCAGGAUGAAUUGAAACGGCGCGCGCGAUGGGAUAGAAGAGGCGACAUUUUUUUUUUCUUUCGUCUGUGUCUGGCUCCUGAAAUAUCAUCUGAUAUUCCGCCACAUAUUUACAGCCGACGGGCGGGCAGACGUUGAUAUAAAAAUGUGUGUUUAAAAAAUUGUCUGUGACCAGAAAUUGUCGGAGGGGCCGCCGCUGUGAGAAGAAAAUAAUAAAACAAAUGAAACAACGGCGUCAAGUUAAAGCGAAAACCCAACGGCUCAGAAGAGUACUACUGCUGUACUGUGUACCACACAUAAUAGCACAAGAGUGAUAAGUGUAAACCAGAAAAAAAUUGAUUCAGGAAUAUAAAAAAUACCCCAUUUGAGCGUAUCCCGAAUUUGCCAUUCGAAAAAAAAAACGGGCGAGGAUGUUAUUCUUUCUGUUCCUUCUCUUCUAAGUUUAAGAGAAAGUCAGUGAAGCAAAACAAACAACGGGAAGCCUGAUAAAAAAGGUGUCUCUGAUACUGAUAUCGUCGUGGGAGUUUGUGAUUGUGCUGUGCUGAGCUGUGGAUUGUGACAAACAAGCCAAGCGAGAGAGAUAUAGAGAGAGGGCUUAUUUGAAGUGCGUUUAUUUACUCAUAUGUUUGAUUGGUGGUGAGGCAGGAAAAAAACCCGCGUUUAUUGGAUUGGAUUAAAGUACUUGGAUUUCAUGAUAACAGAGCCACUGGUUUGACAAAAUGGCUGUUAACCCCAAGUUCGUACGGCUGAGAUCCGUGCGGUGGGUGCUGUUCAUCCUGUUGUUGCUGAAAAUGUCAACUAGCACCGCGGCUUACAUGCUCCCUGAGACGCUCGGCACAGGGCCGUUGUCCGAGCAGUACGAGUACGAUUGCUUCCCGGCAUCGAUGAAAGAGAACCUUCUGCCCCGGUUCGCGUCCCGCAACCAGAACGACUCGAUCGCAAUCCAGGUGAGCCGCCGGUACACCCAUCAAGUCAUCUCCCGGAUCUACAGCAUAUUCCUGCGUGAGAUCCUCGGCUACCGGAACGUGAAGCUGGUCGACCUGUACGAGCGCAUGCACGAAAUCGAACGAGAACGUCUGUUUGUCACGCUGGAGAACCUUGUGUCCGAUGGCACAAGCUGGCCGGAACCGACCAUUGACCUGGAGGUGUGGAUGCUGUCGGACUACCACAUAAUCCCACCGGAAAUCGAGGAGGCCGGCUCGAUUACACAUCCGGGCCGGUUUGGGCUGUUUAUUCCGAAGCCGUUGAUUCGGAAGGAGGAUGUGUUUCCGAAGCUGUACCCUUACACGAUGUUCCAGGAGGACGUCAACGAUGUGAAGUAUUACGAGCUGAUAAAGAAGUUCGAGGUGGCGGACAGCAUGCUGGAGGUGCUGAAGGGCUGGGCGGAGAAAAGGUGCCGCGAUAAUUGUGAUAUGGAUGGGAUGUACGUGCCGGAGCAGUGCAAACAGGGACGAAAAUGUGCCCUGGUGUUGGCACCCCACUUCGAGGACACCAAAUUCAUCGUGAAGCAUAUUGAUGAGCUCAAGUUUCAGCUGAAAGUCAUCUGGCUGGGUGGUAAAAUUAAGCUCGGUAUUAAUUAUCUGAUGAAGGCAUACGGGGAGGACCGGCGGGGCGGGAAAAAGUUCCUGGUGCUCCACUGGACCCCGUCGGAGGUAAUCGAUAGCAAAACGAUGGAGUACGUGUCGGUGACGAUGCCGAGAUGUGAGGAAAUCGUCGCUAGCAACAACACGGGCUGCAAGUACGAGCUGACGCCACUGCUCAAAUAUCAUGCCCACGAGUUUGAGAGCUCCCAGCAUGCGCUCCAAUCGUUGAUCAGGGUCUAUUUUGACCGGCACGACAUUCAUGCGUUAAUUAGUUUGUACGAUAAAUACGAAGAGCAGAUCCUGCGAGCCCGAGACGAGACCAAUCUGGAGUACGACGAGCAUGCUGUCCCAAUGUACUACAACCAAAUUGCGUGCGAGUGGCUCAAGACGAACGAAGCGACGUGGCACCAGUGGAAACCACGUGGAGAACAGAAGGAGGACAUCUACAUUGGCGGCAUCUUUCCGCUGUCUGGGCUGGGAAAAGCAUACUUGGGAAUUAUGCCGGCGGCCGUUAUGGCCCAGCAAACGAUUAAUCUCAACGACACAAUUCUGCCCAAUCAUCGGCUCAUCAUACUGAAAAGCGACGGCCAAUGCCGUGCCGACACCGUUAUGAAAACCUUCAUCAACUAUUACAUCAGGAAGGAGCGAAUGAUUGGCGUCCUGGGACCGGCGUGCAGCGAUACCGUCGAACCAAUCGCCGGCGUCUCCAAGCACUUCCGGAUGGCGGUCAUCUCGUACUCGGCGGAGGGGGCCUUCCUCUCCGACCGGGAAACGUAUCCGUACUUUUUCCGCACCAUCGGCGAGAACCGCCAGUACGAGCACGUGUACGCCCGGCUCCUCAAGCAGCUCAACUGGAACCGGGUGGCGGCGCUGACGGAGGACGGCCAAAAGUCAACCGAGUACAUCUCGCACAUGGAGUCACUGCUGAAGGAGAACCACAUCGAGCUGAUUUCGAACAAGAAAUUCCCCCGUGACCGCGGUGAAAAGGAGAUGAAUCAGUAUCUGCUGGAUUUGAAAACGAAAAACGCCCGCAUUAUUAUUGCCGACGUCGAUGACAAGGUGGCCCAGGUGAUCAUGUGUGAAGCGUAUAAGCUUGAGAUGACAGCGGAAAAUGGCUACAUUUGGUUCCUUCCGGUGUGGCUUUCGCACCUGUGGAACCACAACCAGGGCAACGUGUCGGUGCAGUGCACGGCCCAGGAAAUGCUUCGUGCGUUGAACGGCCACUUUUCGCUGUCCCAUGCGCCGUUUGCGGACAAUCGUGUGGCGCUGGAGACGAGCAACGCCACGGUUGGCGAGUGGAGAACCGAGUACAGGAAAAUAUUGCAGAGCCAUGAUCUGCUGGAAUCGGAUUACGCGGGUUACGCGUACGACGCGGUUUGGGUUUACGCUUUGGCUUUGGAUAAACUGAUCCGGGAAGAUCCGUCGUAUUUGAGCGAUUUGCACUCGAUGAAGACUACGAAGCGGUUGAUGGAGGUCAUACGGGCGACCGAUUUUCAGGGUGUCUCCGGCAGGAUAAGGUUUGGCGAGGAGGGCUCGCGGUACACCUACGUUAAUGUGCUGCAAUGGAUCAACGGAACGCCGACCAUCGUGGGACAGUUUACGCCAAACAUAUCCGAUGAACACUACCAGCUUUUGGGAGGAUCACUGUCGCUGAAUCUGUCGUCUAUCGUUUGGUUUACCAAGGAUGGUAAAAUCCCAGAUGAUGGUGCUUUGGAUUGUAACCUGGCUGGAUUGGCAAGGUUCUUUGGUACGAACUGUGAUGGAGCAGUGCUGAUAUUCACCGGUUUCAUGUGCGUGGUGGUGAUUGCGGUGAUUUCCUUGGCGUCGUUCUGUUUCUUCCAGAUUCGAUACGAUCGAAAGAUGAAGAGUUCCGCGAAAUACCUGCAAAAGUUCGGAAUCGAUCUGUUGUCACCAUCUUCGAUACCCGUCAACACGCUGGACAAGUGGGAAAUUCCAAAGGACCGUGUUGUUAUCAAUCGAAGACUUGGCGAGGGAGCUUUCGGAACUGUGUACGGAGGUGAAGCGCAGAUCGAUGGCGAUGGAUGGACGGCUGUUGCGGUGAAAACGUUGAAGAUUGGUUCCACUACUGAGGAUAAGGUUGAUUUCCUAUCCGAGGCGGAAGCCAUGAAGCGAUUUGACCACAAUAACAUUGUUAAACUGCUUGGAGUUUGUCUACAAACUGAACCAGUUUACACCGUGAUGGAGUUUAUGCUGUACGGUGAUCUAAAAACGUAUUUGCUCGCACGUCGUCACCUGGUUAAUAAUAAGACAUCGGAAGACUCGGAUAUAUCGCCCAAGCGCUUGACCAUGAUGGCGCUCGAUAUCUCACGUGCUCUCUCCUACCUUGCUGAGCAAAAGUAUGUUCACCGAGACGUGGCCUGUCGGAACUGCAUGGUCAACGCGCAACGAAUGGUCAAACUUGGCGAUUUUGGAAUGGCUCGACCUACAUUCGAGAACGAUUAUUACCGUUUUAAUCGCAAAGGAAUGCUUCCGGUUCGGUGGAUGGCCCCAGAAUCACUUGCACUUGGCUUUUUCACUCCAGCUUCGGACGUUUGGUCGUACGGCAUAUUGCUGUAUGAAAUCAUAACGUUCGGGUCUUUCCCCUUCCAAGGAAUGACCAACAACCAAGUAUUAGAGCACAUCAAAAAAGGACACAGUGUAACGAUCCCGACUGGAGUUAAACCUCAAUUGGAAGGUCUAAUGAAGGCGUGCUGGAACCAAGACUACAAGAAGCGUCCGAUGGCUUCCGAAGUGUGCGAGUUCAUUUCAAACUAUCCCCGACUGUUGAAUCCCUGCUUGGAUGUUCCGCUGGCUUCGGUACAGAUGGCAGAAUCGGAUAGUGACCAAUUUGAACUAUUACCAGGCUUACGAAAACGAAAAGACGAGCCCACAGCAGACCUGCUGGUUGGAACGUCCCAGAUGAAUGACCUCAAUCAAACCACCAGCGAGUACACCGGCAUGAACAUGCGACGUGGCAUCAACCUGAACGAUCUGAAUGUCAACACGGACUUUUGCAGCCGUUCCAACACGCUGCCCACGGGAGAGUCCGCAGGAAACAACAUCCCGGUCAUCGCUAACGUGUACAACCCAAUUGAACCGCUCCUCCAGCGUGACACGGAAAUGUCCAAGAGCAGCAAUAGUCUGCUGCGGUACGUUCCGAUGUUCGGGUUCGGCAAGAACCGUGCCCCGGUGCUGGUCACCCACAGUAACGGUUCGGUCACAAUCGGCAACAAAAGCACCAUACAUCAUAGCACCAGUGUAUUAUAGCACGGGGUAGAGAGCAAACCUUCUGUCAAGCCAAAGCAAGCCCCCAAAAAAGUCGACCGAAAAAACUCUUGCUAAACACGCAAAAGAAAAAAGAAGAUAGCUGCUAUUUAAUAGAACCACGAUAGUGUGUAACUAGCUUAAAAUAACGACGAACUAGCCCAUUUAUAAGCAGAUAAAACGCAAAAGUACAAACAAUAUGCCGUCCUAAGCAGGUGAAAAUCUCUAAAGAAUCAAGUCUGCUAGCAAAAAUAAAAAAAAAACCUUUGUAAAUUAUGCCAAAUAGCACAGAAUUCUGUUAGCUGCAUCAUACCACGUAACCGUUUUACAAAAAAAGACACUAUCAUCUAUUAAAGUUUAGCAAUCAUUAGUUACCUUCAGUAGUGUUAGGUGGACAGUAUCGCAUCGAAUCUAAAAAAAGUUUAUUGCAUUUUUAGAGUCUACUGCCGGAGCUAGUCGAUUAGAAAAUAAACAAUUAACAUGUAAUUAUUAAAAAGUAGCUAAAUAGCGGAAACAGUUUGAGCAAUUUAGCGCAACCAGAACAAUAGUAAAUGGGUAUAGUUAAAAACUCCUUCUGCAUUACCAUCUCAAGUUAAAAAGUUAACAUGAUAGAUUAAGGCCAAUCGAAGACUGACUAGUAUGUAAGAGAAAGUGGGAGUGCAUAAGGUAGGUAAACUGACUUGCGGGCUAUGAAAACAACUACCAGUUACCUCAAAGGAGUGACUUUUUUUUCUAUAUCUCGACAACACAUCGGUUCGAGUAAGCAAAGUGGGCAUCAUUUGAGGAUUUCAUUGUUUGUACAGCGAAUGCAUUUAUUGAUUUUGUUAUAGCUAAGCUAACACCAAAUUUGACACCAAAAUCAAAUGGACAGCAAUAAUUUUUAAAGUCAGCGUGAAGUUAUCCUCAAUGAUGGCGCUUUGCCUGGACUUGGACCAGAAGUAUAAUAUUAAUGUGUAACAUACUCUAAAUUGACAAAAUAUCGAAAAAUCAAACAAUAUCCAUAUUUUUAUAUAAGUAAUUUAAAUGAAUUUAUAUCAAAGCAAAUUUAUUACAUCUAUCAUAUUAUGCAUAAAUAUAAAAUACACUUAU